GACUUCUUGAAACCGAAACAAGCUUCGACACGGAGAUUCAGCGUCAUCUUUCUUCGUUAUUCGACACGCUCCGGAUUUUUGUAGUUUGAUCCAGAAGACGUUAUGGCCUGUCCGUGUUCUUCAACUGCUCGGUUGUUCUUACGUAUAGCGCACAGAGGAUUUUCCUGCUAUCGGAUUCCAUUACUUUCUCUGGGUCGUCAAGAGUCUCAGGACUGUCAUUUGCUUACCAGAAUAUCUGCAAGAUCGUUUACACAGGCUUCAGUGUGCUAUGCUGCUAAAGAUGGGACCACAAAGGAUGGUGGAAGUGAUGGUGGAAAGAAAAACAUGAGUGAAGGGAAGAGACAUUCUGGCUCUGGAGGAUCAGACAAGGGUGAUGGCCAGUAUCCCUGUCCUGAAUGUGGAGCUACAUGUACACGGGUGGAAACGUUUGUAUCAACAACUCGAUUUGUCAAAUGUCUAAAAUGCCGUUACUUAUUCAUGGUUGUGGGUGAUGAGAGCUCAAGUAAAGGGCUAAACAAAGAGCGCGAAGCUGCUGCAGAGGCUGCAAAACUUGCAUUUGCACAGAAACCACCACCUCCUCCUAAAAAGAUAUAUGCCUACCUCGACAAGUAUGUUGUUGGUCAAUCCUAUGCUAAAAAGGUGUUGGCAGUUGCAGUGUACAAUCACUACAAGCGCAUCUACAACAAUAUACCUGCUGGUAGUCGACAGCCGGUGGAGAUGGAAAAACAGCCUUCUCUAACAUUUCGUGAGCGAGAGAUGAGAAGACGAGCAGAUGAAUACGGAGUUACAAACCUCCUGAACAUCGCAGGGAUCAGCCCACAUGGAAAUGCUCUGGGAGCAUCCAUGCAGCAGCAGGCAAGUCAGCAGGCACCUCAGGAGAGGAGGGGCGGAGAUCUCCUGGACGCCACGCACACGGACAUUAAACUUGAGAAGAGCAACAUCAUACUUCUUGGUCCAACUGGAUCUGGAAAGACGUUGCUGGCACAAACACUUGCCCGCUGCCUGGAUGUUCCUUUUGCAAUUUGUGAUUGCACCACACUCACCCAAGCUGGAUAUGUAGGAGAAGACAUCGAGUCAGUUAUUACUAAACUGCUGCAAGAUGCUAACUACUCAGUGGAAAAAGCUCAGCAAGGUAUUGUGUUUCUGGAUGAAGUGGAUAAGAUUGGAAGUGUACCUGGAAUCUAUCAGCUGAGAGACGUUGGAGGAGAGGGAGUUCAGCAGGGCCUGCUUAAACUCUUAGAGGGGACAAUUGUCAAUGUUCCUGAGAAAAACUCCAGGAAAUUGAGAGGAGAGACGGUGCAGGUAGACACAACAAACAUCCUGUUUGUUGCAUCUGGUGCUUUUAAUGGACUUGAGAGAAUCAUAAGCAAAAGAAGGAAUGAAAAGUAUUUAGGUUUUGGAAGCCCAUCUAACCUGGGGAAAGGCCGGCGUGCAGCAGCUGCAGCAGCCUUAGAAAGUGGUGAUACGGACACUCUUGCAGAGAUUGAGGAGAAGGACAAGCUGCUGAAGCAUGUAGAGGCAAGAGACCUGAUUGACUUUGGAAUGAUCCCAGAGUUUGUUGGCCGCCUUCCUGUGGUUGUACCACUGCACAGCCUUGAUGAAGACACACUGGUUCGAAUCUUGACUGAACCAUGUAACGCGUUGGUGCCACAGUAUCAGGCGUUAUUCAACAUGGACAAAUGCAAACUCAAUGUGACUCCUGAUGCCCUGAGAGCCAUUGCUAGAUUAGCCCUGGAGAGAAAAACUGGAGCACGUGGACUCAGAGCCAUCAUGGAAAAGCUGCUUCUUGAGCCGAUGUUUGAGGUGCCAGACUCCAACAUUGUGGCUGUUGAGUUGGACAAAGAUGCUGUCCUGGGAAAAUCACAACCCCAAUUCUUCAGAGUUCCAGCCAAGCAGUCGUCAGAGGAGGUGUACGAUUUAGGGGUUGAAGAGGACAAUUGGCCACGGAAGGCAGAUGCUGCAAUUAACUGAAUCACAUCUUAAUUUCACAAGGCUGAAAGAUUGUGAAAUUGUUGGACAACUGAUUGUCUGGGUAUCAAAUCUGGGUUUGAUUUCGGCUCCAUUGCCCUGACAGCCAAGCUUUGGAGGGUGUGGUCGAAGUUACAAGACUGCAGCAUUGCUUGGUCCUGUGCAUCUGAUAACCGGCCAGGUGCACUGUAUUAUUUUCAAAAUCUCAAUCUCUGGGGAUUGUCAACAUUUUAUCUAUAUAAAGAUAAUGCAAUUUUAUUUGUGAAAGGAUGUGUAGUGUUUUGUUUAGGGGGGGCUGAUAAGACUUAGGACAACAAAGUCAUAAAAACGUAUUGUACAUGGGGCUUAAAGUGUCACACAUUGCCAUGCAAGUAAUGCCUUAAAUGUUGAAGGCAUGGUUUUCCAUGAACACCAAUAUUUUGAUUUCUGUUUAAUCACCGUUGUAAUAAUGGUGAUUGCAGUUUAGGUAGCAUUUUUAAGUAGUAUCUUUUUGACCUGUCAACAGAACACUCAGGUCUGUAAAUACUUCCUCCCAGAUAUAGUAACUGCUGGUUGUCUACCCUGAGCAUAUUGGAGUUGAAAGUCAAAGUACAAAGUACAUAUUUAUUGCUUUGAGUGUUAUGUACAUUUUGGCUAAACAGGGUAGUAAUUGCAGUACUUCUACGCUGAAACCUUUU